CAGCAGCAUAGAGAGGGGAGGGAGUGAGGGGACUGAACGGCUCACGUCUAAAAAGCAGAGAGAGCUAGAGAAGAGAGAGUGUGUCAGAUAGCCUGCAACGAACCAAGGAAGUUUCCUCGUUACAGACACAACAGCCAGGGCACUUCCGGUUCCGGCUUCUCCGGCUUCACCGGCAUCUCUCAGCGUCUCAGCUUCCUCCCAUCUCCGGGCCUCUCCACACUUCUUCCGCAACAACCACACUUCUUCCGCAACUAAAUAAUGUGGAUAUUUGGAACCCAUGUCGAACAUCUAUGAAGAGAGGCAAACAAUGAUUGCAGCAGGGGAUUUGCAGGAGUUUGUUCCUUUUGGCCGUGAUCACAGCAAGCACCACCCCAAUGCAUUGAAUCUCCAGCUCCGGCAGCUGCAGCCAGCCUCUGAGCUGUGGUCCUCUGAUGGGGCUGCGGGCUUGGUAGGAUCCCUACGGGAGGUAACAAUCCAUGAGAAGCAAAAGGAAAGCUGGCAGCUAAGGAAAGGUGUUGGUGACCCUGGGGAAGAUGUGGAGUAUGAUGAAGAGCUGUACGUGGCUGGGAACGUGGUCAUCUGGAGCAAAGGAAGUAAAUUGAACGCGUCUGCUGUUUAUAAAGCAUUUACCGUUGACAGCCCGGUUGUACAGGCCCUCUGGUGUGACUUUACUGUAUUAAAUGAUAAAUCAGAGACUGAUGAAGGUCAAGAUAAAGUGGAGAAGUGCAUCUGUAUCCUGCAAAGCUCCUGUAUUAAUGUCCAUAACACGGAAGGGAAGGAUUACAUUGCGCCUUUGCCUUUCCAGGUAGCUAAUGUUUGGCCCACAAAAUAUGGCUUAUUGUUUGAGCGGAACAGUUGCUCCUAUGAGGUGCCACAAAGCCCAUCUAGGGAGCCCUUGCCAACGAUAUUCAGCAUGUUGCAUCCAUUAGAUGAAAUCACUCCCCUUGUGUGCAGAUCAGGAGGAAUAUUCGGCAGCUCUCGGGUGCAGUAUGUUUCAGACCACACGUUACGGAUUGUUUUUACUAAUGCUGACCCAUCCAUUGUGAUGACCUAUGAUACCGUGCAGGGUUCACAUACCGUAUGGGCUCUACGGAAAGUCAAAUCUGAGGAGCAGAAUGCAGUCCUAAAAUAUCCGGAUCAGCAGGGCACCCCACAGCAUGGGACGAUGAACAGCUCUCUCACAGCUCAUCUACGCAGUGUGUCCAAAGGAGAUUCCCCAACAGCCUCCCCAUUCCAGAACUAUUCCUCCCUCCACAGCCAAAGUCGCUCAGUGUCCUCCCCCAGCAUGCAUUCUCGUUCCCACUCCCCCUCUAUAUCCAACAUGGCUGCUCUCAGCCGCUCCCAUUCACCUGCUCUAGGAGUGCAGUCUUUCUCUAGUGUACAGAAGUUCAAUUUCUCCAGUUACACACCGUCGCCAAAGAGGUUAGGAGCUUCCCAUUCUCCUAACAGCACAUCCAGCGAUUUCCUCUCUGCAGAAACAGAGCCCAUUGUUCCUGAGCUCUGCAUCGACCACCUGUGGACAGAGACCAUUGUAAACACAAGGGAAAAGAACUCUCAGGCCACAAAAGUGUUUAUCACAACUGAUCUGUGUGGACAAAAGUUUCUAUGCUUUGUUGUAGAGCCCCAGCACCAACUGCGUUUGGUGAAGUUUGAAGAAAGUAAUGAUAAAUCACUGCUAAUCUUUGGCUCUGUCACCAACAUCUCGGCAAAGGAUGCAGCGCCGGUGCAGAGCAUUAAUACAAUGGUGGUAUUGGAAACCAACGGGAACUUGAUUUUGUACACUGGAGUGGUUAAGGUCGGAAAGAUUUUUAUUCAAGGAUUGCCUGCCCCAUCCCUUGGCAUGUCUAAUCCAAUGCCCCGUCCAAGCACACCACUUGAGAGCAUCAGCACCCCUACUAAGCCCUUGGGCAAGCAUUUGGUUCCUAUGGAUGAAGUGGCAGGAAUGUUGUCCCCAGUUCCUGAGUUGCGGGAUUCAAACCGAGUCAAUGAGUCCAAUUAUCUAGAUGAUUGCACUUUUCAUCAGUUUGGCACAUACAUUCACUCUGUGAGAGAUCCUGUACAUAAUAGAUUAACUCUGGAAUUGACAAGUGGGUCUAUGGUUAGGAUUACUAUUCCAGACAUUGCUACCUCGGAGCUAGUUAAAAAGUGUCUACAAGCUAUUAAGUACAUCCUGCCGAAAGAAGUAGCUGUUCAAACACUUGUCAAAUGGUAUAAUUGCCACAAUGCGCCUGGAGGUCCCAGUAAUCACUCUGAGUGGAACCUGUUUGUUACCUGCCUCAUGAAUAUGAUGGGUUACAACACAGACAAGCUGUCUUGGACCCACAAUCUUGACUUUGAAGGCUCAUUGUCUCCAGUGAUUGCUCCUAAGAAGGCUAGACCAUCUGAAACUGGUUCCGAUGAGGAUUGGGACUACCUGAUACAUUCUGACUACCACCGGAAUGUUGAGGUUCAUGUUCUGGCUAAAGCUUUGCAGUUGGACCCACUGGAUGUUCCAGCAUCUAAACACGAUAACCAACAAGUCUUAAAUCUGGACUCCACUGCGUUACUCUUUAGCCACAUCCCAGCCAUUUUUUAUGUGCUUCAUCUCACCUAUGAGGAGCUUAAGCUAAACACGUUAAUGAGAGAAGGAAUCCACUCCUUGGUAACCCUGUUAUUGCAACUGGCAAGGGACUUGAACUUGCACACCUACACAGAUUUCUACUUCAGAGAUUUCCCAGCCUUUCUCAGGAACUCUGGCCAGACAUGUUGCAUUGAACCAACCCAGAUUGGUUUCAUGAGUUAUCCUUCGUUUUUUACUGCUGAACCACCGAGUAUAUACCACUGGCUGAGCUUGUGUCUGAAAGGAGACAAAAUGGCUGCUUAUCCAUAUCUUCCCAGGAUCUGUGAGAGAAGCAAGCUGGUAGUUCUGAGUUUUGCUUUGUACAUACUUGGAGAUGAGAACGCAAUCUUAAACAAGACUUCAAAGUACCUGUCCAAAAUAACAGCAGGGCAACGCAAACAACAGCAGGAAGAUGACAGAAGGCAUAGCUUAAAACCCAGUCCAUCUGUGUCUGGUCUGUCUGAAAAGCUGGUGGUAUGGAUGACAGACAUAGGGUUUUCUCUUCGGGAUUUGGAGUCUCUGCCUUUUGGCAUUGCUCUUCCUAUAAGGCACGCUAUCUAUCAGUGUCGGCAACAGCCUGCUUCUGAUUGGCCGGAGCCAGUAUGCCUUCUUAUAGGACGCCAAGACCUGUCCAAGCAAGCCUGUGCUGGAAACCGUCCCCAAGUGAAAGCUUCUACAGCUCAGGUGCCGUCUGCGGAAGUUCCCCCUGCAGGGGAGGCUGAGGAGGAGGAUGAUGGGAUGAAUGACUUAAAUCAGGAAGUGAUGUCAUUGAUUUGGAGCGAAGACUUAAGAGUACAAGAAGUGCGGAGGCUUCUUCAAAGUUCCCAUCCUAUACGCGUAAAUGUUGUUCAGAUGCCUGAAGUGAGUGACCAUGAGUACAUAGAAGAGAAAGAGAACAGACUGUUACAGCUGUGUCAGAGGACCAUGGCCUUGCCUCUGGGCCGGGGAAUGUUCACCUUGUUUUCCCAUCACCCAGUACCCACAGAACCCCUUCCCAUCCCAAAGUUGAACCUGACAGGAAGGGCUCCACCCAGAAACACAACCGUGGAUCUCAAUAGUGGGAACAUUGAUGUGCCACCGAACAUGGCUUGUUGGGCCAGCUUCCACAAUGGAGUGGCUGCUGGCCUUAAAAUAGCCCCUGCUUCCCAAAUAGACUCUGCCUGGAUUGUUUACAACAAACCCAAAAAUGCAGAAUUAGCUAACGAGUAUGCCGGCUUCCUUAUGGCUUUGGGACUAAAUGGCCAUCUCACCAAACUGGCGACGUUGAACAUUCAUGAUUACUUAACCAAGGGCCAUGAGAUGACCAGCAUCGGCUUGCUGCUUGGCGUUUCAGCUGCAAAACUUGGUACAAUGGACAUUUCAAUAACGCGGCUGCUCAGCAUUCACAUCCCAGCUCUCUUACCUCCCACAUCCACUGAACUGGACGUUCCACAUAAUGUACAGGUGGCUGCUGUGAUUGGCAUCGGCCUGGUUUACCAGGGAACCGCACACAGACAUAUUGCAGAAGUGCUGCUCGCUGAAAUAGGCCGCCCUCCAGGGCCCGAAAUGGAAUAUUGCACAGACCGAGAAUCGUAUUCCCUGGCAGCAGGUCUGGCUUUGGGUAUGGUGUGUCUAGGGCAUGGGAGUAAUUUGAUAGGCAUGUCAGACCUGAAUGUUCCAGAGCAGCUGUACCAGUAUAUGGUGGGAGGACACAAGCGGUCACAUGUAGGUGUCAACCGAGAAAAACAUAAGUCACCCAGUUACCAGAUCAAGGAAGGAGACACCAUCAAUGUGGAUGUCACAUGUCCUGGAGCUACACUGGCAUUAGCUAUGAUCUACUUAAAAACGAACAACAGGUCAAUUGCUGAUUGGCUUCGAGCUCCAGACACUAUGUACUUACUGGACUUUGUAAAACCAGAAUUCCUUCUGUUAAGAACUCUUGCAAGAUGUCUCAUUUUAUGGGAUGACAUUCUACCCAAUUCACAGUGGGUGAACAGCAAUGUGCCCCAAAUCAUCACAGCCAAUAGUGUUUCACUUCAUGCUGCAGAGCAACCUGUAUCUGAGGAUUUAAACCUGGAAACUCUGGCACAAGCUCAUGUUUACAUAAUUGCUGGAGCUUGCUUGGCCUUGGGAUUCCGAUUUGCUGGAUCUGCAAACUUGGCUGCUUUUAAUUGCUUGUGUAAAUUUGCGAAAGACUUUGAAUGUUUGUCUGGACAAGCUGGUACCACAACAGGUCAUUAUAACCUUGAGACAUGUUUGAGUGUGGUGCUGUUAUCCCUGUCUAUGGUGAUGGCGGGCUCCGGCAAUCUGAGAGUUCUCCAGUUAUGUCGGUUCAUGCACAAGAAGACUGGUGGGGAGAUGAACUAUGGAUUUCACCUGGCUCACCACAUGGCACUGGGUCUCCUGUUCUUGGGUGGUGGGAGGUAUUCAUUGAGCACUUCAAAUUCUUCUAUAGCAGCCCUGCUAUGUGCUCUCUAUCCUCACUUUCCUGUCCACAGUACGGAUAACAGGUAUCACUUACAAGCUUUACGCCACCUCUAUGUGCUGGCUGCUGAGCCAAGGCUCCUGGUCCCUGUGGAUGUGGAUUCAAGCACGCCCUGCUACGUGCUCUUGGAAACUACAUACAAGGGCACUCAGUGGUAUGAAGAGACCACAGAAGAGCUUAUGGCACCCACCCUACUGCCAGAGUUACAUCUACUUAAACAGAUAAAAGUUAAAGGCCCUCGAUACUGGGAAAUCGUUAUUGACUUGCGUAAAGGAACUCAGCAACUGAAGUCAAUCUUGUCCAAGGAUGGUGUUCUGUAUGUUAAACUUCGUGCUGGACAACUGUCCUACAAGGAGGACCCCAUGGGCUGGAGAAGCCUACUAGCCCAAACUGUGACUCACAGAAACUCAGAGGCUCGGACAUUUAAGCCGGAGGCCAUUUCCGCUUUCACAUCUGAUCCUGCACUGCUGUCAUUUGCAGAAUAUUUUUGCAAGCCAACAAUGGACAUGGGCCAGAAACAAGAGAUCCUGGACCUGUUUUCCUCCAUCUUGUACGAGUGUGUAACCCAAGAGAACCCCGAGAUGCUUCCUGCUUACAUUGCUAUUGACCAGGCUGUGCGAAGACUAGAAAGGAGAGAAACUACAGAGACCUUUGAAUUAUGGCAGAUAAAAUUGGUUUUAGAUUUCUUCAACUCCCAGAAACUUCAGGAACGGAUGAAGAGGAAUUUUAACCGUGGACUCUUCAUGAACUCAGAGUUUCUACCGGUGAUGAAAUGUACUAUUGACAACACCUUAGACGAAUGGCUGCAAGGUGGGGGGGAUGUCUCCCUACACUCGUAUUUAGCUGGUCAGCCAGUCGACGACUCUCAACUCAGUAUGUUGGCCUGUUUCUUGGUUUACUACUCCAUGCCAGCGCCAAAGGAUGUAUUGGGGGGAACACUAGAAGGACGUAAUAGUUUUUCUGAGCUGCUGCUGAAAUUCCAGGACCUGAACAUACCUGUCAGAGCGUUACUUAGGCUCGCCCCACUACUCCUUGGGAAUCCACAGUCUAUGGUCCUCUAGUAGGUUGACCAAAACAAGGUUCUUAUUGGCUGCAGGGAUAUGUGUAUGUCUCAGACCUCCCCUGCAAUGACAAGCCACUAUGAGAUUUUUUUUAAAUGGUGAAAUUUUUCCUAACUGAAAUAAAUAUUCCGCUCUACCAUGCAAUGUGAAGCCCAUGUGGGUGAUGAUGCCAGCUGUACAUGCGGCAGGGUAGUAAGGAAAGCAUAUGGUAGCUUUAGUAUUCGCAGAAGGCGUUGUAGCCCAUAGCAUCCAAGCAGGUGGAUCUGCCAUUUAUCUAGAAUUGCUUAAAACAGAAAACCAGUCUGGUUGUUAUGGGUUACAAAAGAAUCUGAUUAGUUACAUGUGCAGCGAUUACUGUAAAUAUCUCACUGUCUGUAGUGAGCGGAAGGAGAAGGAAUGUCUGUGAAUCUCUAUAAACUGCUGAGUGUUAUUAGUGAUGCUUUCAUCAUCCGCCAUCUCACUUACUACAAGCAAUAAUUUAUUUUACUGUCUACGGUUGCUGGCACAUUCUCCCCUCCAUGUGAAUGGCAGGAACCAUGUAGAACAUAGGAUAUUCAGUAAUCUUUUCACCAUUUCGAAAAAUCAAGGCCAAAGUGCAGUGCAGUCACAUUUCUCAUGUCUUAUUUGUCUUAAGACUGUGUAUUUCUUUUAUAAAUAUGGAAUUGUGUUGCUGCAAAAGAUGUUUGUACAUACAGUUUUCUUACCAAAAUAAAUACAGAAAAAAACUCUGA